CCGGGGGCGGGGGGCGGGGGGCAGGGGCAGGUUGCCAUCCAUCCAUGGCCGGUAUGGAAACAGCCAGCCUCCCUCGCGAUGUGAAGGUGAAACUAGCCGAGCUGGAACUGGAGCUAUCGGAAGGUGAUAUCACUCAGAAGGGCUAUGAAAAGAAAAAGGCCAAACUGCUGGCUCCAUACAUACCACAGACUGUAGGUGUAGAUCCUUCUUUUCAAAUUGAGUCCAGGCUCCCAGGUCCUAUCCAGCCUUCACCAUUUUCCUCCUCUGUCGCUUUUGUGGCUGCAACCAGGCAGCCCAAAUCCAGAGCCUCCAAUUCCAGGGAUGAACGCUAUCGAUCGGACUUGCAUACUGAAGCAGUCCAAGCAGCUCUGGCCAAAUACAAAGAGAGAAAGAUGCCGAUGCCUUCGAAGAGGCGCUCUGUGCUUGUACAUUCAUCACUAGAUGCAUACACUCCACCAGACACAUCUUCAGCAUCGGAAGAUGAGGGCUCACUCCGUCGCCAGGGCCGGAUCACGUCCACUCCAAACCAGGGCCAUUUGAACGUAGAGCACUGGCUUAACAAGGUUAUCCAGAGCUCCUCCACCUCAUCUUCUGCAUCGUCCACCUCAUCACAUGUAGGAGGGAAACCUACUGCUUCACUAGCUGACCUCAUGGCGCAUACCCAUUUAGAUAACCACUCAGCACCACCAGAUGUGACCACUGGUGCCUCAGAGCGCGUUACCCACUUUGAGCGACCACAAGUUUCCUCAGUCCGUGGAGUUCCUCGUGGUUUCAACAGCAGUGUAAUGGAAACUGCUGAUGGUGUACCUGUGAAUAGCAGAGUCUCUUCAAAAAUUCAGCAGCUCCUGAACACACUCAAGCGACCGAAGCGGCCACCACUGAAAGAGUUCUUUGUCGAUGAUUUUGAAGAACAGCUGGAAGUUCCACAAGCAGACCCCAAUCAGCCAAAACCAGAAGGUCUUCAAACGACACCAUUACAAGGGGAGCCACUAGGAGUAGUGACGAAUUGGCCCCCAUCACUGUUGGCUGCUGUGCAAAGAUGGGGAACCACACAGCCCAAGGCUUCUUGUUUGACCUCACUGGAUACUACAGGGAAGCCAAUUUACACACUCACCUAUGGGAAGCUGUGGACUCGGAGCCUCAAGCUAGCUUACACACUCCUCAACAAACUGAGCAAUAAGAAUGAUCCGCUUCUGAAGCCUGGUGAUAGAGUGGCUUUGGUGUAUCCAAACAAUGACCCUGUGGCAUUUAUUGUGGCAUUUUACGGUUGCCUUUUAGCAGAAUUGGUCCCUGUGCCCAUUGAAGUACCACUAACUAGAAAGGAUGCUGGUAGUCAGCAGAUUGGCUUUCUACUUGGCAGCUGUGGUGUGUCAGUCGCUCUCACUUGUGAUGCCUGUCACAAGGGAUUACCAAAGUCUCAGAAUGGGGAUGUGGUGCAAUUUAAAGGUUGGCCUCGUUUGGGUUGGUUUGUGACAGAUGUUAAACACUUGUCAAAGCCACCUAAAGAUUGGCACCCCAUGAUCAGGGAUGCCAGCAACAAUAUUGCUUACAUUGAGUACAAGACCAGUAAAGAAGGAAGUUCAAUGGGCAUAACCAUAUCUCAGACUGCCAUGUUAGCACAUUGCCAUGCCCUUAGCCAAAGCUGUGGAUACAGUGAAGGGGAGACAUUAACAAAUGUUUUGGACUUUAAAAGGGAUGCAGGCCUGUGGCAUGGCAUUUUAACCAGUGUCAUGAACAGGAUGCAUGUGAUCAGCAUUCCCUACGCUCUGAUGAAGGUGAACCCUCUUUCCUGGAUACAGAAAGUUUAUUCCUACAAAGCUCACAUUGCUGUAGUAAAAUCUCGGGACAUGCAUUGGUCUCUCUUAGCUCAGCGGGAUCAGAGGGACGUAAGUCUCAGCUCACUGCGGAUGCUGAUUGUAGCAGAUGGUGCAAAUCCAUGGUCAAUAUCAUCUUGUGAUGCAUUUGUGAACGUUUUUCAGUCACGUGGUUUACGACCUGAGGUGAUCUGCCCAUGUGCUAGCUCAUCAGAAGCUCUGACAGUGGCUAUUCGCAGACCUGGCGACUUAGGAGGACCUUUUUCAGGGAAAAUGGUGCUAUCCAUGAAUGGCUUGAGCUAUGGAGUUAUACGCAUGGACACGGAGGAAAAGCUCUCUGUUCUUACUGUCCAAGAUGUGGGUGCUGUUAUGCCUGGAGCAUUGGUGUGUAUUGUAAAGUUUGAAGGUACCCCACAUCUCUGCAAGACAGAUGAGAUUGGUGAGAUCUGCGUGAGCUCGCGUGCAUCAGGGACAUCGUACUAUGGGCUGCCAGGAAUGACAAAGACUGUAUUUGAGGCUGUGCCAGUGAAUGCUGGAGGAGCCCCCAUCACUGAACAUGUCUUCACCAGGACUAAUUUACUGGGAUUUCUAGGAUCUGGCAACCAAAUCUUUGUGGUAGGCAAGAUGGAUGGCCUGAUGGUGGUGAGUGGGCGUAGGCACAAUGCAGAUGAUGUUGUGGCAACAGCAUUAGCAGUGGAGCCCAUGAAGUUUGUGUACAGAGGAAGGAUAGCAGUGUUUUCAGUGAAUGUACUGCAUGACGAACGCAUUGUAUUGGUGGCAGAGCAGCGACCAGAUGCAUCUGAGGAAGACAGUUUCCAAUGGAUGAGCAGAGUCUUGCAGGCUAUCGACAGUAUUCAUCAGGUAGGAGUGUACUGCCUGGCCCUGGUACCUGCCAACACGCUUCCCAAGACUCCUUUAGGAGGCAUCCACCUAUCUGAGACCAAACAGCGCUUUCUGGAGGGCAUGUUGCACCCAUGUAAUGUCUUAAUGUGCCCCCACACCUGUGUCACCAACCUUCCUAAGCCUAGGCAGAAACAGCCAGAGGUGGGACCUGCUUCCAUGAUAGUUGGUAACCUUGUGGCAGGAAAGCGAAUAGCGCAGGCCUCUGGCAGGGAUGUCACCCAGUUUGAGGACAAUGAUCAGGCUCGAAAGUUUCUGUUCUUGGCAGAUGUUCUGCACUGGCGUGCUCAGACCACACCAGACCACCCCCUUUUUCUCCUCUUGAAUGCCAAGGGCACCGUUGUGAAUACAGCAACCUGUAUACAACUGCACAAGAGAGCAGAGAGAGUGGCUGCAGCCUUGUUAGAAAAAGGACGCCUCAACACUGGGGAUCAUGUGGCCUUGGUUUACCCACCAGGUAUCGACCUCAUAAUGACUUUCUAUGGGUGCCUGUAUGCAGGAUGUGUGCCUGUCACUGUGCGACCCCCUCACCCACAGAACCUUGCCACCACUUUACCCACUGUCAAGAUGAUUGUAGAGGUAAGCAAAUCUGUCUGCAUUCUCACAACGCAAGCUAUAUUAAAACUACUCCGCUCAAAGGAGGCAGCUGCAGCUGUGGAUAUCAAGAGCUGGCCCACAGUUUUAGACACCGAUGACUUGCCCCGAAAGAAGCCUCCCCAAAUAUACAAAGCACCAACACCUGAAAUGUUGGCGUACUUGGACUUCAGCGUAUCCACUACUGGAAUCCUUGCAGGAGUGAAGAUGUCCCAUGAAGCAACGAGUGCCAUGUGUCGUUCUAUCAAGUUGCAGUGUGAGCUAUACCCUUCCCGACAGAUUGCAGUUUGCCUUGACCCCUACUGCGGCCUUGGUUUUGCUCUCUGGUGCCUCUGCAGUGUUUAUUCGGGUCAUCAGUCCAUCCUGGUCCCUCCACUUGAAUUGGAGAGUAAUGUCUCCCUCUGGCUGUCUGUAGUUAGUCAAUACAAAGUGCGUGUAACUUUCUGUUCCUACUCUGUAAUGGAGAUGUGCACCAAAGGACUUGGUGCACAAACAGAUGCACUGAAGGCUAAAGGUGUGAAUCUGUCCUGUGUUCGGACAUGUAUGGUGGUCGCAGAGGAGCGGCCACGAAUAGCGCUUACACAAUCCUUCUCCAAGUUAUUUAAGGACCUUGGAUUAUCUCUGAGGGCUGUCAGUACAACCUUUGGCUGCAGGGUCAAUGUGGCCAUCUGCUUACAGGGAACAUCUGGGCCAGAUCCAACCACAGUAUUUGUGGAUAUGCGAGCCCUCCGGCAUGACAGGGUACGUUUGGUGGAGAGGGGCUCCCCACAUAGCCUUCCGCUGAUGGAAUCGGGAAAGAUUCUCCCCGGAGUUAAGGUUAUAAUUACUAAUCCAGAGACCAAAGGCCCCCUCGGAGAUUCCCACUUGGGAGAGAUCUGGGUGAGUAGCCCUCACAAUGCUACUGGGUACUACACUGUUUAUGGUGAAGAGUCCUUGCAUGCUGACCAUUUUAACGCCAAGCUUAGUUUUGGGGACACACAAACCUUGUGGGCACGGACAGGAUACCUGGGAUUUCUUCGCAGGACGGAGCUGACUGACGCAACCGGAGAACGCCAUGAUGCCCUUUAUGUGGUUGGGUCCUUGGACGAGACUCUAGAGUUGAGAGGAAUGCGUUAUCAUCCAAUUGAUAUUGAGACCUCAGUGCUUCGAUCUCACAAGAGCAUUGCUGAAUGUGCUGUCUUCACAUGGACCAACCUGCUUGUCGUGGUGGUGGAAUUGGACGGUUCUGAGCAGGAAGCACUGGACUUGGUUGCCUUGGUGACCAACGUUGUUUUGGAAGAACAUUAUCUAAUUGUGGGAGUGGUAGUUGUGGUGGACCCAGGGGUGAUUCCCAUCAACUCACGUGGCGAAAAGCAGCGAAUGCACCUUCGGGAUGGUUUUCUAGCUGAUCAGCUUGAUCCCAUUUAUGUGGCCUAUAAUAUGUGAGCCUCGUGCUCCGGGACUACUUACUGCUACUGCUGCCUCAGUGACGGUGUUCGCCGGUGCCCCGAAUGUCCAUAUUGAUCUUAAAUGCUGCACUAAAAGUGAGAACAAAGAAAGCCAGACCUUGCUGGGCGGUGGUGCUGUGCGUGUCAAGGCCACACAUCCAAUAUGACCUGUUGUCAGCCACUUCCCAUGGUGAUGUGUUCCGCAUAGCUCCAACGCCCGUCAUAUCAAAAGACGAUGGGCUUGCCUGCCACACCACUGCUGGUGCCAUAUUAAAUGUGAAGUAGUGUUCCUAGAAAAAUCACUGUAUCACAGCACAUUGAAGAGACUGCACAGCAGCAGCAGCAGCAACAGAUCUCCACCAAGUGUCACCGGACUUCCUGCAAGAUUGGGAAACGAAUCCAGUCACCAGUGUUAUAUUUUUCUGAAAUCCCUGCUCAUCUUUGCAGUUCAGGUUGCCACGUUUUCUGGAUGUGGCUUUGGAUUUGAAAAUUCUUUUUAAAACUAUUUAUUCUGUAAAUCAGUGGAUGCAAUUGGACGGCUGAAUGGACAGGCGCUCGGAAAUCCCAGAAGCCAGGGGUUGAGGGCUUGGUUGGGGGGGGGUGCGGUGGGGCCCAUUCUCUUUAAAGCUGUACUGUUCAAUCUAAUCCACUGUUCACCUCGUUAAGAAACAGUGAAAACCGGUUGUGGGCAAGGGUAAUGUCGAGGGCUCGGGCCAUCCUGGGGCGGUCUCACCGUUGACCUGAGAGCGGAACUUUUGGGAGUUCCUAUCCCGCUAUUGUGUUGUGAUCUGUAAAGCUGGUGAGAAUAUCGCCAGCUUGUGUCACUGUUGUGAUCGUUGCUAACCAUGAUAAUCAGGCCUGAGCAACAGAAAACCCACUUCGGACCAUCUUAUAUCCCUAGGAAAAAUAAAUAAAACUAGUAUCCUGUCAUUUUAAUGAUUAGAGCAUUGUGAUACUUUUUGUCAAUCCAUCGACAGAAUCCGACUGCAGUGCUCCCCAUCGUUAACGAGUUUCCUUCCAUUUUAUAGAAAAACGCCAGGCCUGGAAAUGCCACAGGAGUCGAUCGUCCAUCUUGUUCCAAAAGAUUUUCUGAGGGUUCUCUAGAGUGGCUAUAAUCAUGAAGUUGCAAAACGGUUGAAUUGAUGUGAAAUUAAAACCUUUCUAUUUGAUUAUUGAGCUCCAUUUGCACCAUGUUGCUGACAUGCACUUGCAUAUCUGGCUGGCUUUUUUUGCAUUCUGGGCCUUGAGACAUGAGAUAACUCGGUGAUUACACAAAUAAAUAAAGUUAUUGCAGACGUUUGCAGAUUUUGCUAAAAUCAUUUACCCCCUCCCCCCGUGUGGGAUAGCAGCUUGUGGGCAGUCCAUCUGCUUUGUUCAUACUGUGGGGUGGUGGCGGGGGGGACCUCUUGAAUUCUUGCUCUGCUGUUCAGGUAAUGACACAAUACGACUUCAGUCUUCAGCACCUCACUGUUCUUAGGGGCUUUUUUUGUUUUUCAAAUCACGCUAAGUGAAUCAUCCGCACUGAUAGAAAUAAUAACAUUUUGCAAUGUUGUGAUAUUUGCCAGGCCAAUCAGCACUUCCCUUUGCUCUUUUAAAACACGAGACAUUGCAGCUUAAUCCCAGAUCAGAAAAUGGUCAGAUGUGCCAACUGCCCACCAAUUCGAUAUGGCCCCACGCCCGUGUUUCAGGCACGUGACCCAAUGUGUGGGCAGGCAUUAGAAGGCGGAAGUGUGCCGCCCGCCAUAUGAGUCAGGCUGCUCUCCGGACAUCCAGGACAGAUGACUGAACUGUUGAAGUUGCUGAUUCAGAUGUUGAUGUCUGAAAUUGGGCUCCUCAGAUCAAUGCGCCUAUGUUGCUAGCAGGCUGGAAGGGACCCUUCAGCAGUGUUAUUUAGAGGGCUCAUCCACUGCAGACGGAGCUGUUGCAUUAUAAUUGCGGAGGACACGGAGCACCCAAAGCUCUUUUCCUGCCUGUUAUUGUCCAACCAUUGUCUUGGUAAAGAAACCCCUUCUAAAUCCCUUAGUGGAUUGGUUGGUGACCAUCUUACAUUUCGGGCCCUGUGUUUUGGACAGCUCACGAGUGGAUCUUCCCUGUGUCUACCUUAUCAAACCCCUUCCUAAUUUUAAAGGCCUGUGAAAGAUUUCAUGCUCAGUUCAGACCAGUUCUUAUCCCCAGAGUAAUAUUACUUUUUCCCCUUCACUUCAGCUUCUGUUGCACUGUGAGGUUGUCUUCAUUUAUUCUGUGCAGACAGCAGUCACUGGGCUGUUGUCAUAUGUUCCCCCGUGCAUCUGUCCUGCAGAGAAGUCUCAACUGAACCGAGCAUUACAAUUACUGGCAUCUAUUAGGAGUUCUGAAAUUCCAGAGUUUUGGUUUGGUCUUUAAAUAGAAUUGCAUGCAUACUGCCUGAAAGCGGAGUGGGUUAGCGCUCUGUUCCAAUACACCAAUACAAUUCAAUAUGUUCUUCAACAAAAUCUGUUUUAAAGAGUAACCCUUCGUUCAAGCAGAAACUUGAUGUUGAUUGAAUCUACAAUGCUUCCCGGUUCCUGGUCUUUAUUGCUGCAAAUCCUAAAUGUUGGGGUUAAAUCCAGACGUUUUGCUGUCCCAGUCACAUGGCCUUUGACACAUCUGCAAGAGGAGGUUAAGUGAAAUAAUCAUACUAAUGGGCUGUAAACUGACUUGACCAGUGUAUGGGGAGACUGAAGUGUUAGACAUGUAUUUGGCAGAUUUCAUAUGCUUGUUAGUCAGCAAAAAACAUUCUCGUCAGAGAAGCAAAGAAUAAGAUAGCGAAUUUUAAAAAAAGUUUGUAAGAACAACUUUUUCAUGGAUGUCAGUUGGAUGGAAAUUAUGUAAAUAUUAAGCUGACCUCAAGAUAAACAAUAAAUACUUAAAAUCUUAA